ACAUCCAAGCACCUGCUGAAGCCAGACCGGAAUUUGGCCCGAGCCCUCAGCACUGACUGUACCCCAUCUGGAGACCUGAGCCCCCUGAGUCGGGAACCCCCUCCUUCUCCCAUGGUGAAGAAGCAGAGGAGGAAAAAGUUGACAACACCGUCCAAGACCGAAGGCUCAGCUGGGCAGGCUGAAGAGGAAAACUUCGAAUUCCUGAUCGUGUCCAGCACUGGUCAGACGUGGCACUUUGAGGCAGCCAGUUUUGAGGAGCGGGAUGCCUGGGUCCAGGCCAUCGAAAGUCAGAUCCUAGCCAGUCUGCAAUGCUGUGAGAGCAGCAAGGUCAAGCUACGCACAGACAGCCAAAGUGAAGCGGUGGCCAUCCAGGCGAUCCGGAACGCCAAGGGCAACUCUACCUGCGUGGACUGCGGGGCCCCCAACCCCACGUGGGCCAGUUUGAACCUGGGCGCACUCAUCUGCAUCGAGUGUUCUGGCAUUCACCGGAACCUGGGCACACACCUGUCCCGAGUUCGUUCGCUGGACUUGGACGAUUGGCCUCGGGAGCUGACCCUGGUGCUGACGGCCAUUGGCAAUGACAUGGCCAACCGCGUGUGGGAGAGCGACACGCGGGGCCGCACCAAACCCACGCGGGACUCUUCGCGGGAGGAGCGGGAGUCAUGGAUUCGCGCCAAGUACGAGCAGCUGCUAUUCCUGGCGCCGCUGGGCACUCCAGAGGAGCCUCUGGGCCGCCAGCUGUGGGCCGCGGUGCAGGCCCAGGACGUGGCCACCGUUCUCCUGCUUCUGGCCCAUGCGCGACACGGGCCCCUCGACACCAGCGUAGAGGACCCGCAGCUCCGCUCCCCCCUUCACCUGGCAGCCGAGCUUGCCCACGUGGUCAUCACGCAACUGCUGUUGUGGUACGGCGCCGACGUGGCCGCCCGCGACGCACAGGGCCACACGGCGCUGUUCUACGCCCGCCAGGCUGGAAGCCAGCUGUGCGCCGACAUCCUUCUCCAGCACGGCUGCCCGGGUGAGGGCGGCAGCACAGCCACCACCCCCAGCGCAGCCACCACCCCCAGCAUCACCGCCACGCCCAGCCCCCGCCGCAGGAGCAGCGCCGCCAGCAUGGGCCGUGCCGACGCCCCCGUCGCGCUGGUAUAGUUGCCCAGCGGGAGAGACACCCCCACUCCCACGCGGGCCGGGCACGACCACACCGGGUGGACCGCUGGACAGAUGCACCCACUCACCUCUCUAAACCGCACCCCGCCCCACGGGAGCACUUCUUUCCCCCACGAGGGCACAGCCCCCACGCCUCCCAGAAGACACAAACUCACCUCCCUCUCCCCAAAAAGGCAUGGAGACCCCAGCUCAACACGCCCCCUUUCCACCGUUUCCACACUUGGAUUGCGCUGGGUCUACCCACUGGGUGUCUGCGGAAGCAGACGCCCUGUCGCGGUACCUGCAGCAGGGAGCUUGGCUAUGCCCGCUCGCGCCCCCUAGGGGUGGAGGGGGGAAGACCCAGUCCUGCUUGUGCUCGACAAUCCCAAGGCUGGAGCACAAACCCAGGCUGGCUCCUGGGGCGACGCCACGCCAGGGGGAGGGGUUAGUACGUGGGAGGGCUAGCCCCGGGACUUGGGGCCAAUACCCGGGCCCCCACCUCUUCCAUGCUAAUCUCACUGCCCAGUGAAGGGGGAAGGGCAGCGAGGGGCAGGACCCCUGCUGCCCAAGGGGGUAGGGGGGUCCCCAACCCUUUCCGUGAAAGGGACCAUGAGGAGUGGAAAUCAGGACGUCCCCCCACACCCACCCAUGGAUGGAAGCUAAAGGGCCGGGGGAGCCAAGAGCUUGGGUCCCUCCUCACUACUAUCUUGGGAGGGAGAAGAGAAGGAGCAGAGCGGGCUAAGGGGACUGGGGAGGGACCUUGUAAUUUAUUGCUUUGUUCCCCAACAAGGGGGCAGGGGCGGGCAGGGGCUCGGGGAGGGCGUUUCCGGGUAGGGGAAGCCAAGGGUGGGCAGAGGGUGGGGUGGGGUGGGGGUGCUCUCGGGUUGUGAGUGUCUGUGACCGUGACUGCGUACCUGUGACUGUGCAGCGCCCGUGGUGAUCUGGGGUAGGGGGCACCCCUACAGUGGGACCCCACCCCCACUAUUCUUCCUGUCCAGUCCCUCCCUUCCACUGGAGCAGCUCCAGACCCGUCCCUCAACCCCAUGAUCCCUCCCAGCCAGGGCUAAGAGGAUGUGAAGUGGCUGGGAGGGAUACCAGGCCUCCUUCCCCAUCCCCAGAAAGGGGGUGGUGGGGUGGAUUUACCUGGCCCAGCCCUGCCUCCUUUAAUCAAUCCAGCCCUUGGGCCGUCUGUGUCAGUGGUUUCCGGUCUUUUUUCUUUUCUUUCUUUCUCUCUCUCUCUCUCUCUCUCUCUCUCUCGGCUAAAAUAUUUUUCAAAGGACCAGGUAAUUUUGGGGAGGGGAGAGGGAUGGGGGCAGGGGGAAAGGCCCCCAUCUCCUCUGAGGCAGGUGGUGUGAAUCUUCUUCAACAGCAAUUAAAGAGGAAGUGAUUUUGUCUAGGGGUUGAGCUGCUGGUUUGUUCUCUAAGAGGCGGGUCAGGGAACGGUCUUGGUCAAGGUUGGGGAACUGGAGGCGGGAGUGGCCCAGCGGAGGGUGCCUCUGCCAGGGCUGGUGACAGGGCAACAUCCAGGCACGAGGUGGCAGGUCAGAUACUUCAUCAUGUGGUGGAAGGAAACAGGCAGGGCAGAGCCACAGUGGGGAUCCCGGGAGCAGAAAAGUCAAUGACUCCCAAGAUGACCCUGUUUCUGGGAAGGAGCUGCUGUGUGGAACUUAGGGGACUCUGAGGACAGGGGAGAGGCUGCUUGGAGAGGCGAGCAGAAUGGGUAGCUUUGGUUGAGAGCAGGAACCUUGGAGUCAGAUCUGAAUUUGAAACCAGGCCCUCCACUUCAAGGCUGGGUGGCCUUGAGCGGGUUACCUUGGUGGCAUCUGUUUAUUUAUAACCUGAACAAUAUCUGUUGAGAAGGACCUGGUAAGGACUCCAGCACUGUCCGGAGAGGACCACCCUAGGUACCUGAUACCAGAGGUAGAGCUCAUUAUAGUAAGGACCUGGGGACAGAGGUAGAAAGUCUGUCUCCCAGCCAAAGUCCCCGGUGUCUGCAGACUCCAUGCCCAGCUGCUGUGGACAUCUGCCCACCUCCAUGUCAUCUACAGGGCCACUGAGGCCCCAGCAGACUGAGGCCAGUGCUGCCCCAACAGCUGCAGUUCUUCUGGUUCAGCGUGUAGCCAGUCCUGUUUGUCACACGCAGCAGAAAGCAUUUGCCCUGAUAGAAGGACUAGGUGGAGUGGUGUUGGGCCGGCAGCCAGCGCAGGUUGGGCACAGCCACCGCACGUUGUCAUUCAGUCAGUGGCCCCGCCUCUUCUGGUAGAGGCCCCUUCCCCUCAGUCCCAUGACGACGACGUACAGCUACAGGUGUGCCAUGAAGCUAACAAGGUGUGGCUGCAGCGGCAGGUCCAGGUCCCUUUCACGUGGAGGCACUGAUUCUCCAGGAUUCUAGGCCGAGCGAUCACCCAGCACAGCAGCCUGACACAGGAAGGUGAAUGCAGGAUCGCAGGGGCAGUGACAGGUGCAGAUGCAGGGGCAUAGUUUGGGAAGGCAAAACGAAAGGAAGAGGGGAAAGUAGCAAAAGAGACUCAAACAGGAACGCCUGGCCCGUCUGUCUUUUGGCUCAGAGACCCUGGACUCCCGCGCUCCAUUUCCACUUUACUUCUUAGUGGCAAAAACUCACUCCCUUCCUCAGAAGCUCAGUGUGAGAGAGUAUGAAUGAGGAGGAAGUAAGGACCCUGGAGAGCAUGAAAUCACCACAGGGAACCACGGGCGGUGGGAAGUUCAUUUCCAGCCGGUGGCGGAAGGUGGUCAAGGUGUCGGCAACUCCCCGCAGCAAAUCCCAACACUAAGUAAUCCACUGAAUUCUUUUUAUCAUGGGCUGUGUCUUUGGCCUUGUGGGAAAAGUAAAGGGUGUAGUGGAUGGAAUGACAAAAACGUCAAGCCCUCCAGGCUGUGCAGAAUAGGAUUCUAGAAGGAGACUCCUCGGGGUGGUGGGGGUUGAAGGGGAGCUGCUGCCCUUUUACAUCCAUGCCGCCUUCCCGGCUCACCUUGGGUAUCCUCGCCUGGAUUCCUGCUGUCCCUCCCCAUCCCCUCCUGGUUGCUAUCUGCCACACAUCCCACUCGCCUCCUUUUGGUUGCCUUAGCACAGCUGGGGCAGGCCGACUUUCUCCAUGGGAGUUUCACCAAAAGCCAAAGGAAAGCAAAAAUGAAUUUACUGUUGAAGGUACAAGAUGAUUGAAUCUAGCGAUGUUUCCAGAACUCAGCUUUCUGAUGAUGUUGAGUCCAUCCCUAUCAAAUCAAAGAGAACUUUCCUGCCCCAGUCUCUGCCUGCUCCCCUAUUCUGAAAGAUUUCCAAUGGAGCUUCAGAUCAGCUGUUGGGAUUCCUUCUAAGGCUCUUGCCUCCAAGAACCAUCUAGUCUCUUCAGAACUCAGGAGCUGGUUGAAGUUAUUGAGCACUUCCUGUGGGCCAGUGCUGUGCUAAGAGCAUGACACACACACUAGAUUUCAUUCAAUACUCAAAACCACCAUCGGAGGCCAGUGCAAUCAUCCAGAACUUACCCGGGAGGAAGCAGCACUUGAAAAGUUAAGUAACCAAAACAAACAAAUAAACAAAAACUAAAGUAGCUGGUUCAACAGCCCCACUGACAGUAAAUAAAGGAGUGAGGAUUGGAACCCAGAAUUCUGAUUACAGAUGCACUUGAGGCAGGGUCUCAGGUCUUGCACAGUAAAGCAUUCCUCCCCAUAACAGAUACAAAUGGAUCUGGGGAAGCAGGAUUUCACAAGUCCACUUGCUUACAUUUCUUUUUUAAAGUUGGUUUUUUUUUUUAAUGUUUAUUUUUCAGAGACAGGGAGAGACAGCAUGUGAGCAGGGGAGGGGCAGAGAGAGAGAGGGAGACACAAAAUCCAUAGCAGGCUCCAGGCUCUGAGCUGUCAACACAGAGCCUGCUGCAGGGCUCAAACUCACAAGAGAUCGUACCUGAGCUGAAGUGGGAUGCUUAACCAACUGAGCCACCCAGGUGCCCUUACAUUUCCAUAUAAAACGAUUUAAGCAUAACAUGCAAAAUAAGCACCAGUCCACAUUCAGAAAGAAGAGGGUUGGUCUCAGACAACUUCCUUCAACAAUCGAAUCUCUUAGUUUGCACUUCUGGAGACCUGGGAGUUCAGUGCCCUCUAUCUUACCUUGU